AAUAAACAUCUGCCCUAGCAAGAAGCAGCGACUUCCCGUCUGACGUCAUCGCGUACCGGAACAACAAUUUUUGACGUGAACGUGACGUAAGGGUCAGGAGCUCUCUCUCUCAGCCAUCUUGGACCCCGAGCUCGAACCUAACCAACAAUGCCAGGUGAAGCCACAGAAACUGUCCCAGUGACAGAGCAGGAGAUGCAGCAGCCCCAAGUGGAGACGGCUGCUGCUGCUGCUUCAGUUCCUUCUGGUUCUAAGCCAAAGGCUAAAGGGGCUAAGGCUGGCUCAUCUCCACACACUUCUGCCCCCAAACCCGUUCCCGUGGGCCGCAAGAAGCGCUCCUCACUUUCUGCUUCUUCCUCUUCUCCCACUUCACCCAAAUCAGCCUCUGGCCCUCGUGCCACCCCACCUUGUUCUCCACUAACAUCUCCUUCAGCUAGCUCUCCAGGUGCAGGGAAGCCUGAGGCAAGUGUUCCGAAGGUUGUGAAGGCUGGUAAACAGGCAAAACCCAAGAAAGCAGAUUUUAAGCUUGCUGAACCUCAACAGGUAACCCGACCUUCUGCUGCACCUUCAGAGGCUAAAACAGAACCGGAGUCUUCCCCAACCUCUCCCAAGGUGGACCCUCUAUCUGUAACUCCAGUAGAGACAAAACCAACAAAAGAUGCAGGUCCUACAGCAGCCUCUCCUAAAAGUACUAUUGCUGCUCCAGUGAAGGCAAAACAGGAGAAGGGUAAAGCAGCUCCUUCAGUGAAAGCUGAAGCACCUGCUUCUGCUAAAGAUGUCCCAGCUCCAGUAGAGGAAAAAACAGAGAAGGUUGAAGCAACUACCUCAGCUUCAGUGGAGGUAAAACCAACAAAAGAUGCAGGUCCUACAGCAGCUUCUCCUAAAGGUACUGCUCCCACGAAGGCAAAACCGGAGAAGGGUGCUUCAACUUCUCCAGUGAAAGCUGAAGCACCAGUUUUAGCAAAGGUUGUGCCUUCUCCAGUGGAGGCAAAGCCUGUGAAGGGUGAAGCAGCUGGCCCGACCCCACCUGCAGGUGAUGUGCAGGUGAAAGGUGUUGUACCUGCUCCAGUACAGGCAAAACCAGAGAAGGUUGAAGCAACUACCUCAGCUGUGGCAGAGGUAAAACCAGCAAAAGAUGCAGGUCCUACAGCAGCCUCUCCUAAAGGUACUGCUCCAGGGAAGGCAAAACAGGAGAAGAGUGCUGCAGCUUCUCCAGUGAAAGCUGAUGUACCAAAAGGUGUCCCCAAACCAGUGAAGAGUGAAGCUGCUGCCCCAACCUCAGCUCCAGUUGAUGUGAAACAGGUGAAAGGAGUUGCACCUGCACCAGCUAAAGAUGUCCAGUCUCCAGUGGAGAAAAAACUAGUGAAGGAUGAAGCAGCUGCCCCAGCCCCAACUCCAGUUGAUGUGAAACAGAUGAAAGGUGCUGCACCAGCCUCUUCCAAAGUGGCCAUCCCUGCCACAGUGGAUGCAAAACCAUUAGAGGGUGUACCACCUACUCCUGUAGCUCCUGAGGCUUUUAAAGUAGUUUCCAAGACCGCUGUCCCUGCACCCAAAUCAUAUUCUGAGGUUGUGGCUUGUAGCCCACCCAAACAACCAGAGGUACCAAAGGUUGUUCGGGAGGCCCCAGUAGCACCUAAAGGGCCAGAAGCCCCAAAAGCUCCAACAGUUAUUUCAGAAACCCCUAAGAUUGCUGAAGUUCCCAAAGCUGCUCCUGAAUCUCCAGAGGCUAAGCCUGUACCUGCCGCCUCUCCGGCACAAAAAGCAAAGUCAGCUUCAGUGGCUCCUAAAGGAAAUGCAGAGGUCCCCAAAAAGUCAAGUGUUGCUCCAUCUAAUGCAGCAACCCCACCUCAGUCUUCCACUGCUCCACUGGCGGAUGAAGAUGAACUUCCUCCUCUAAUUCCACCUGAGAAGUCUGAGACACUGCCCGUUUUCCAGCCACAACCUGUAGCCGAGGCUCCACCUAAAGUAGUUAAAGCUGUUGUGCCUCCAGCUGGUCCUAAACCCAGUGUAACACCCGCUAAGCCUCAGCCUGACCCUACACCAGUUAAAGCCGCACCCAAACUGGAACCAGUAAUCAAGAACGACAAGGGGUCCGGCACUGAAUCAGACAGUGAUGAAUCUGUUCCUGAACUGGAGGAGCAGGAUUCUGCACAGACACAGACACAGCAGGCACAGCUUGCAGCUGCUGCUGAAAUUGAUGAGGAGCCUGUCAGUAAAGCCAAACAAAGCAGAAGUGAAAAGAAAGCAAGAAAGGCAAUGUCCAAACUGGGUCUCAGACAAGUGACAGGAGUUACCAGGGUAACCAUUCGCAAGUCUAAGAACAUUCUGUUCGUCAUCACCAAACCAGACGUCUACAAAAGCCCUGCUUCAGACACUUACAUUGUCUUUGGAGAGGCUAAGAUCGAGGACUUGUCCCAGCAAGCUCAGUUGGCUGCUGCAGAGAAGUUCAAGGUCCAGGGAGAAGCCGCAUCAAACAUCCAAGAAAGCACACAGACGCCCACAGUACACGAGGAAAGCGAAGAGGAAGAGGUUGACGAGACCGGAGUAGAGGUUAAGGACAUCGAGCUGGUCAUGUCUCAAGCCAACGUAUCACGGGCAAAGGCUGUUCGUGCGCUGAAGAAUAACAACAACGACAUCGUCAAUGCCAUUAUGGAAUUGACGAUGUAGGUGGAUAUCAGAGCAGGGCAGAAUGUGAUGUUGCUGAAUUAAUCUACACUAUUUGUACAAUUUAUACCCAAGAGAAAUAAAGUUUGGUUCAUGGC